AUGCCAUCUCCCGAAAUUAUUGAUCAUUCUCCUCGCGAGGCCAAGCGUUCACCGCCCAUUCCCACGGCUUCCAAUCUGGUUCUCAUUGACAACUAUGACUCUUUCACCUGGAACAUCUACCAGUAUCUGACUUUGGAGGGUGCCACUGUCCAUGUUAUUCGAAACGACAAGAUCACACUGGAUGAGCUCAUCAAGAAGAACCCGAGCCAGCUCAUUAUCAGCCCCGGUCCUGGCCAUCCAUCUACGGAUUCGGGUAUUAGCCGAGAUGCCAUUCGUCACUUUGCGGGCAAGAUCCCCAUCUUUGGUGUUUGCAUGGGCCUCCAAUGCAUCUUUGACGUCUACGGCGGCGAGGUCAACUCUGCUGGAGAGUGGCUGCACGGCAAGACUUCGCCAUUGACGCACGACGCAAAGGGUGUCUUCAGUGGUCUAGAGCAAGAAAUCCCGAUCACAAGGUACCACUCACUUGCCGGAUCACCCGUCACUCUUCCCGAGUGCCUGGAAGUCACUUCCUGGGUCGCUAAGCCUGAUGGCAGCCGUGGCAUUAUCCAGGGUGUCCGCCACAAGGAGUACACGAUGGAAGCUGUGCAGUUCCACCCUGAAAGUAUCUUGACUGAGAACGGACGCACCAUGAUUCGAAACUUUUUGCAGCUGCAGGGCGGUACCUGGGAGGAUAACAGCCGUCUCCAGACAGCAUCGAACCCUGUCAACGGCGCUGCAUCGGCCACUUCCAAGAGCAACAACAUUCUGCAAAAGAUCUACGCCAGCCGUCGCGCAGCCGUGGACGCUCAGCGAGUGAUUCCUUCUCAGAGAAUGGAAGAUCUCCAAGCUGCCUAUGAUCUCGGUGGCGCUCCACCUGCAGUGCCGUUCGUUAGGCGUCUAAGCCAGACUCCAUUUGACGUUUCUCUCAUGGCUGAAAUCAAGCGCGGGUCUCCUUCUAAGGGCAUCUUCAAUAUUGAUGUUCGCGCGCCUGUCCAAGCUAGGAAAUACGCUCUGGCUGGUGCCAGUGUCAUCUCAGUCCUCACAGAGCCUGAGUGGUUCAAGGGAAGCAUUGAGGAUCUCAGGACGGUUCGCCAGGUCCUGGACGGUAUGCCAAACAGACCAGCGAUCCUGCGCAAAGAGUUCAUCUUUGACGAGUAUCAAAUUCUGGAAGCCCGGCUCGCGGGUGCGGACACUGUGCUUCUUAUUGUCAAGAUGCUGGAUCUUGAAACGCUCGAGCGUUUGUACAAAUACUCUCAGUCUCUAGGCAUGGAGCCCUUGGUUGAAGUUCAAAAUGCUGAAGAAAUGACUAUUGCCGUCAACAUUGGCUCCAAGGUGAUUGGCGUCAAUAACCGAAACUUGGAGACAUUCGAUGUUGAUCUGGAUACGACUGGUCGACUCCGCAGCAUGGUUCCUGACACCACCAUUAUUUGCGCUCUGAGUGGAAUCAACACAUACGAUGAUGUCGUCAUGUGCAAGAAUGAUGGUGUCAAUGCCGUUCUGGUCGGCGAAGCUAUCAUGAGAGCGCCAGACGCUAGCGUUUUCAUCAGCGAGCUGUGCUCUGGCAAGGCCCCGGCAGUUAAAAAGGAGCAACCUCAGCCCCUGCUCGUCAAGAUUUGCGGUACACGAAGCGCCUCUGCCGCGAAGAAGGCUGUUGAAUCGCAUGCUGACUUUGUUGGUAUGUGCCUGGUGCCUGGUGCAAAGCGUUGCAUCAACGACGAGACUGCCCUCGCCAUCUCCGAAGCAGUGCACUCCUUCAGCGGCACAACCAGUUCUAAGCCCGAGCCCUCAGUACCCGUCGCAGGUGCUGCCGACUACUUCCAGGGUGCGUACAGUAGACUCCAAAGCUCGCGGCCACGUCUUGUAGGUAUCUUCCAGAACCAGCCGCUCAGCGAGGUCCUGGAGAAGCAGAAGCUGUACAACCUGGAUCUUGUCCAACUGCAUGGCGACGAGCCUCUCGAGUGGUCCAAUCUCAUUCCUGUCCCCGUCAUCCGUGCAUUCAAGCCUGACCAUGUCGCUCUGGGUCUCCGCGGCUUCCAUACCGUUCCUCUUCUCGACUCUGGCGCUGGCUCGGGGAAGCUGCUGGAUGUAUCCAAGGUCAAGGCCGUCUUGGAGAAUGAUCCUAAUCUGAGAAUUUUCCUGGCCGGUGGGCUGAACCCGGAUAAUGUUGCCGAGGCCGUCAAGGCGCUAGGCAAUUUGGCCGACAGAGUCAUUGGAGUGGAUGUCAGCAGCGGUGUUGAAGAAGAUGGAAAGCAGAGUCCUGAAAAGAUUGAGACUUUCAUCAAAAACUCAAAAGCGAUUCGAUAG